ACAAAAUUGAAUCUCAAGUUGAUUUACAUUCGCACUCAUUCCGCUCUCACUGUCUCGAAUCAAUUUUCGCCGGUUUUUUGUUCCGCAGCCAAAUACGAAGUACGACGCCACGAAACUAGAGCUCAUCCAAUCGCCUACGAGACUUGGUUCCCCGAAAGCCACAGUUGUCCCAGCUGAACCCAUCUUCCCUCGGCCAAUCGAGUCAUUGGGGGUCUAAUAGCACCAACUUGCUAGCUUGAGCCGCGUCUACCAAGUCAGUUUCCAGCAGACAAGACUCCAGGAACAAGACAAGAACAACAAGAAGUAAUCAGAGGCGGUUAUUCAUAAUACUCCCACAACAGCAAUUAAACAAACAAUGCCUCUCAUCUCCAACAUCGCCACCGGCGCCGUGGGUGCCAUCCACGUCUACAUCCUCACGCUCGAAAUGUUCCUCUGGGACACCCCGCGCGGCCACAAGGCCUUCAAGCUGGCCCCGGACUUUGCCACCAAGACCAAAGUGCUGGCGGCCAACCAGGGCCUGUACAACGGCUUCCUCGCCGCCGGGCUGUUCUGGGGGCUGGCCCAUCCGGUGGAGGAGUUUGCGGCGCAGAUCAGGCUCUUCUUCCUGGGAUGUGUGGGAGUGGCAGGCGUGUAUGGCGCGGCGACGGCGAGCAAGAGGAUUUUGUAUGUGCAGGCCGUUCCAGCGGCGGUGUCGAUUGCGGCCAUGUUGCUUGGAUUCUAAGAGGUUAGAGAAGAAUUGUUAAAAGUUGGGCUUUUAGGCGUGUAAAUAAAAAAAAUAUAUUCUCUACAAAUGCGUUGGUCUCGAAGCUGUAAGCAACUUGAGUAGAGGUGGCCUCACCAAAUAUCUGCACACGCACAAAUGACAGAAAUAGUCG